CUGUUGCGAGGAGCUUUCGUCUGUAUAUCAGUCUCCUUUCGCUCCGGCUAGUCAGUCUGCCUUCUUCAGCUCGCAUUGAUGGCGAAGAACGGACAAAGUAUGUCUUGAGUGUUGCUGCAUCCGGGCAGACUAUAGACUGAGAUAUACAGUUGCUUCAGGCUCGAGUCAUUGCUGCCUCCCAGCUGUUGCCCCUUUGCCUGUUGCCCUAGCAUUCCCGCGCGCGCGACUUCUGUAGCGAGAAGGUUGUCUGAGUAUGCCGACACGUUCCACGAUUCCUACCAGACGAUUCAAUGCCACCAAGCUUCAGUUGCGCUCGACCUCACUACCUCGAUUCACGCAACAAGGGGAUUUGCGACUCUGUAGAGCUGCAAACAUGAGAGAGGAUGGGGAUAUGGCCACGAUCGAUCCAUCCAGAACAGAACACGGCGGCUUGACUCUUCCACAGGAGCUCAUCGAGAAGAUUGUGUACUUUGCCUGCAGGCACCCAGCAGGCACUUCUCCGGCUCCCCACAUCGAUUACCGAGCUGUCCUUGCCAUCAGUCUGGUCUCAAAGAGGUUGAACGAGUAUGCUGCCUCAUGCCUCUAUACCCACGUCAGACUCCACAAGCCCUCCGACUUGCUCCUCUAUGCCCAAACGAUGUCCUCACGACCUGCUUUGGGCAGGCUGACAGAAUCACUGUGGAUAGGAGAAUGCCCUGAAACAUCGGUUGCAACGUCAUGGUGGCCUCUCAACGAGCAAAGGAAGGGAUUCAGGUCGUCUAUCACGAAGCUCAGUGAGCUACCUCGCGGUAUGUCGGCGGGUAUGUUUUGGCCAUUAAAGCAAUCCGACGAUGACGCUCUUUGGCUGAACAACGAUGUUGCAAAAGUCGUUCAGCAAGCAUGUCAAAGCGUUGGUCCACCGGGUCCAGCUGUAGGCAUCGACUUGAGCAGUCGAAGCUAUAAGUCCUUUGGGGGGCUGAUUCUUUCCCCCGACGAGUGGUAUCUCCGCCUCUUGGAGGUGCAGCAGACGCUGGACGAUCACUUCAGGCAGCAGCGUAUGAACGAAGACUGCACCACGCUGAUGCAAGUCGACCAAGACUUGGAGAUUAUUCCUGACAGCAUGGGCCCUCUUGGUCGUAGGCUUCGAACUGUGAGCAGAAAUUCAGGUUCGGCGGGCAGCAGACACCGUAGUCUUCGAGAGGACGAAGCUUUCGAUGAUUUUGAUCACCCGAUGAUCUACUUUCGGUCUGGAGCUGCCAAGCUACUGACCAUCGACGGCCCGCUGUUCACCCAUGCACGUCUGCUAACGGACAUCACUAUCGAAGGCGGCGGUCACACGGACUCUCUAGACGUCUUCUCGACCCGCGAAAGACAUGCAAGAGUAUGUAACGCCAGCUUCGAAGAUACGCAAGCAGCUGACCCUACGAUCGGUAGCUUGCUCGCGACAACGAGAGCAGUUCUUGCUUCGACGCCUUAUCUCACAUCGCUCGGGGUCACAAGCUAUCUGGAGAGAGCGGUUGUUGGCCAAAGACCCACAGCCGCGCCGGACUGCCUUCGCAUUCUGUCACUGGGUCCGCCGACGUGCUACUGGAAUAAGGUCUCGUGUUUCAGUGUGGCAGGCGAAUUUAGGGCUCUGGAAACAUUGCAUGUCUCAGGUGAAGUCUCGUCAGAGAGAACUCUGUGCAAUGUGCCAAGCUGAUGUCGAUCUUGCCGCCUUCGUUUCCGGACAGGAAGUACGCUCUACUUAGGCGAAGCCAGGAGCAUUGCUGGCUGGCGUGGCGAGCUACCUUCUUUGAGGAGAGUGGAGUGGAGGCCGUGGUCUCCUGACACGUAUUGGAUACCAGACGACGAUUACGCCGAGGUGGCUGAGACGAUGGAUUUGAGCGAGUGAGUGCAGCAAGUUUUGCUGCUCAAGCAAGC